GUACCGCGUACCGCGUCGAGCUUUUCCAUCUGCUCCAAUCGUCGUCGUCGUCGUCGUUUCGUUUCGUUUCCUCUCGUGCACACGCGAACUCCAUAUAUCUGAUUUAAUUCUCGAUCGCGCGGCGGUCCGAGGAUCGAGGAAACGUCGCGCGAACGACGGUGUUCCUCUACUUUCUAAUUUCGCGAGUCGCUGUCCUCGAGGGGUGCUCGCACAAGGGAUUUGAAAACGAAGUCUCGUCCCGAGAUCGCGGAACGACGAUGGUGUCCAUGGAGAGUGGAGAUCGGCUGCGUUUGGUCUUGAAUUCGACGACGGGACACCGAUGAAGCAGGAGGAUCGUGCGACGAAGUGACGAAUCGGUUAAACGUCCGAGUCGGUUUCGGUGUAAACAGGAGGCACGAGAGCUUCGCGAGUUACGAUGCGCGUGAAAAGUUGACGACGCCAUGUGACGCGAAUAAAACCUCUGGGAUUCUGGUGCGACAGCAUAGUUGCACUGAUGCUGGAUUGUACGACGUGGUCGUCGCUCGAGUGGUUCCUUUGCCACUGGAUGACAGCCGGAUGUUUGCCAAGUGACAGUGCUAUCCUCGAGAGUUAAACUGGAAAAGGACCAGUCGUUUGUGAUCGAGUCACGGUGCUUCGGUGAGGAUUACUGCGAACGAUAGAAAAUCAGUAGUGAUGCCGUGAUGGGCUACAGCUCGGGAUCGUUCUUUCUGGCUACGCUCCUUGUGGGUGGAUUACUCUACGUCGUCUUGUUUUGCGAAACGUCCCACGCAACCAGACUGCGACAACGGUCUGGCCCCACUGACACACCGAGGAGCGGUGGGUCGGUGAACGAGGCUGGUGUUUUCACCCUUCGUGGCAGACAGGAGGGAGGGCGGCGUGCUAGAAGAACCACGACGAGCACCACCAGUACAACGGCGUCCAGCUCGACGUUGAUUUCUCUGUCGGACGAGGUGGCACAGCCCGCGGCCCUUUUAGCCCCCGAAGAGGACUUAUGGUCUACCAGUUCUUCCGCUACGACCGAUGUUCCAGUCUCCUUAGAUACAGCUGCCGCUCCGUCAAAGCCACCCUUGGAACUGGUGGUGAAACCUCACAGCAAGGUCAUAUUGCCAUGCGAGCUAGAGAAUUACUCGAGGCUGCUAUUGCCCGGGGUCAGGAGCUACAGAAUACGACCAGCGAGAUGGCUGCACGAGGGAAGUCCGGUAGAUAUGAUUACAAUCAACACGAGAACGGAAAUGAGUGGAACUGGACAUAGAUAUAUCGGUGACUCUAUCACGGAGGCGUUGCAUAUAGACAACGUUAGAUUAGAAGACGACGGUAUAUGGGGUUGCACGCUGGAGGACGAUCAGGGGAAGAUACUUUCCGGCAGACCUGUGAAGCUCGUCGUCCUCGAGGCACCCCGUGGGACGUACCUGCUGAUAGAUGGUCGUCGGUUGGACCCGGGCAACCAGUUCGUCCCUGUAAAGGAGGGUUCCGAAUUGACGUUAGAGUGUGCCGCUGAGGGUGGAAAUCCACCGCCCGAUUUAGCAUGGGGGAUGACUCUGUCUCAGGCCACUUUAGACGGACCAGAGCAACCGCCGGACAAUCUGACCGUGUUGCCCUCCACGUCCGGCAGACGCAGCGGAGCUCACCUUAAGGUCCUGAGGGGACACCAUAACGCAACCAUCGCCUGCGUCGCCCGUCACGUCACCCUCACCAUACCUAUGAACGCGAGUAUUCUGCUCGACGUCCAAUAUACUCCGUCGUUCGCGAUAACGCGUUUACCUGGUUUUGGAAUUCCGAUCGUCGAGGGGAUGUCCGUCAGCCUGAAAUGCGAAGUGGACAGCAAUCCGGCUAGCACACCGAUUUGGCAACGUGACAAUGGACCACCCGUCGAGCAGAGCGACGACGGAUGGCUGAACUUCACAAAAAUCAGCCGCGCCGAGAGCGGCUGGUACAAAUGUUACACCAGGCACAUGCUCGGCAUAUUCACCAGUAUCGGUUAUUUCCUAAACGUACGCUAUGAUCCAGACAUGGAAACGGAAGCGGAAGCGUUGAACGGUGAGGCCACCGAUUCCCGAAAGAUGGAAGUUCAGAUCGGGGGCGCGGUGACUCUGGAGUGCGACGGUGGUUGUUGGGGACAUGGUCCUGGAAUGGAUCCAGUCGGUGGUCCCGGUCCAUUGGCUCUCAGUCGAGUCGUUUACCAGGAAGCUGGCGAAUAUCGCUGCGUCGCACCUGACAGAAAAAUGCAAGACACCUGGCGUGCCCAACUACCCUAUCACAUCAAGGUCACUGGUCGACCCAUGGUUCAUCCACCUAGUCAAACAGUCACGGCCAAAGAGGGCGAAUCGCUCAACAUCGUCGUCGAAUUUUGCGCAGAGCCGAGAUACACCAAGGUGCUUUGGAUGUCCGAGGAAAGCGUUUACGUACCUGGUACAGAGGCCAGGGAUGGUGUUCAAGCGCUCGCUAUCGAGGACGGUGGCACGGAGUCCUGUUACAGAACGGUGCUGAGCUUCGACACGAUUCAAUGGUCUCACGCCGGCGAAUGGUUUGUGCUGGUUCGCUCGUCGGAAGGGAUCUCGGACGCUUCCGUUUUGUUGAACGUGACGCGCGCCUCCGAGUACAGUCACGCUCACUUCCGGUCAGCGAGUCUCACUUACCUUUCGAUGUGUCUGGCCCUGGUCAUUCUGCAGGAGCAUCGCCGCUGAGACAUCGCUGGGAGUACGUCGAUACCGUUUGCUCGCGAAGAGUCAAGGGAGUGGCCUCUGAACUCGAACAAAAAAUUGUACAUCAGCUUCCCUGAUUAGACGAUAAGAAUAAGGGGGAAGGAAGUCAAAGUUCCGUCAGUAUUUCCGCCAUCUUCGACGAUUGUAAAUAGAAAAUAUAUAAAUUACAAAGGAGAGAAUGAGCGAGCAAGAUGAAUGGGAUACAUCGUUUCAGAUAAGAAUACGGAGCAACGUUUUGUAUUAGCGUGUUCUAGACUCAAGGCGAGACUCGAUGACGAUGCAACGAGAAAACCCUGUUUAUUAUGUAUCGAAAGGGUGAACACGCUUAAACGAGAAAGCCUUUUAUCGACGCUGUCGUUGUCGAUGAACGAUGCAGAGCUUCCGGCGACGACGAUAAUCCGGCCUCGACGUUCCUUAAUCAUGGAUCUCGUUGCUACAUUCGUUCUUUUUCUUUUUCCAUAUUUUUUUAUUCUUUUCGUAUUCUCUUUUUUCUCUCUCUUGUCUUCUUUUUCUCCGCGUUCUUGUCGUAGGGUUUUCUAGAUGAUAAACGACGGUUGGGAUUGACAAAUCGAAUCGACGUAACUUCGACCGUACAUUAUAGAUUUAUUUUCCUUUUUUUUUCUUCUUCUUUUCUCCUUUCUUCUUUAUUAGAGAGAAAAAAAAAAGAAGGGAAAGAAGGAAAAAAAUUUCCAUUCCGAAGUGGAAUUAAGAAGCACAGUCCACAGUUUCGUACGUGCGUUCGAUACCUCGAAGUCUGCGAUUCGAAUCUACGACCGCGACGUAGCCAAUGUGUUUCUCUGGCCUUAAACGGAGAAACGGCGCGGCCAAAGUAAUUCGAAAGAGGAUACGGUUAUCGCGUAGGGGAAAACUUUGUAAACUAAAUUGUCGCGAGAUUUCGACCACGAGAAUCGUAACCCGCGGCGAUUUUCUCGAUUAAGCUUAAUAAAAUGGAAUAUUCGACGAGAUUAUGCGUUACGGAGGGCACGUGUAAAUAUUUGUAUAGUUUAUUUGUAAAGAAAGCGGAUGGCAUGCGAGAAUGAGAGAGGACGAAAGAAAAAGAUAAACGAUAAAAGAGUGCAAUGAAGGCAGAGGUGUACACGCGUUGAACAAGAGACCAAUUUUUACAUUCGGGUUCGCAGAACGUCGACGGCUGAACGUGGUCGAAGUAUAGAAAAUGAUUACUGUUCGUUCAAAUGUAAUUGUUAGGGCGUAACACGAACCAAAGAAAACAACUCGGCGAAAGUCGAGUCGAAGAAGCAAGAAAAUGAUGAGAUUAAUUACGUGUAUGGAUAAGAAAACGAAGUAACGAAUUGAAUUAAACGCAAGAAACGAAACAAGAAAUAUUCCGUAAAAAAAAAAAAAGAAAAUAGGAACAUUAAGGAAAAAGAUACAUUGUUGUAUAUUAUUUUAGGUAAGUAGCAUUAAAAGAAAUAAAAAAAAAAAAAUAGCGUGUAUAUAGUGAUUGUAAAUGCAUAGGCUAUCGUACACCGAGGGCUAUGCAUGACGAAUUAUACAGUGACGCUGUUAGAGAUAUAUUUAUUAUUCGUUGAUAUAUUUUUAUAAAGUUUUAUUUAGCCAUAAGUUCUCGUUCGCCUUCCCCCUGGAUGUCGUGUACCGAUCGAUGGUUAGUUUUCAAUCGAGAGUGGCCGUGAAAAAAGUGUGACGAUAAUGACGACGACGAUGAUGACGAUUUCAAUUCAAACACAGAAUCAUAACGUUGAAUAAAUCAAACGAAACUCCUCCUUAUUCCCUAGGAUCAACGUCCUAGAUUAUACGUUUUUCGAUGGUUGUACGGUGAUUGUACUGCGGUAGUAAAGAAAAAGCAAACGAAACGAAAAAUGAAAAACACGCAAAUUAACACGAACGUAUGUAACAUCGUUGUCUUUCGCGAUUAUUCGUUUUUUAUCUCUCCGCGAUUGCUAGAUAAGAAGUGAACGUAGCGUCUCGUUUCGAUCGUUCCAGUUCCUCUGAAAGAAGAAGAAGAAGAAAAAAAAAAGAAGAAAAGAAAAAGAAGAACGGAAGAAAAGUGGUUCCUAAUUUUUGUCAACGCGUGCCGGCUGCGAUGCGUUUAUAGCUUCAUUCAUCCGUUCACGCCUAAUCCGCACGGAAGUCGGCAUUUUCAUUUCUCGACGAUUUUUACCCGAACGAACGAAAAACGUCUCCCCGUAGUUCUUCUUUCUUUUCAUUUUUAUCGAAUUGCUUAGGUGUUAUAAAUAAGCAACGUGAUGUAAUCGUUGUACCCCAUGACGCCUAAAAGUCCAAUAAAUGAUAUUUACAAUA